UUGCUGCUGCUUUAAGUAAGAAGACUCAGUGAGCAGCUGAUUGCGGACGCUGUGGUUGAUUAUUAACACUCAGUUGGUUUAUUUUCUACAGUGAUGCUGUGAGACAGCACUUCUCUUGUAGGAGACUCAUCGCACCCACUGGUGUUUCUGAUCAAACUAUGCACUCUGAGCUCUGCUCACAGCUCCGACCGGCCCAUUCAGAAUGUCCAGCAGGUCAGGGUCAUCUCGGGUCAUCCAGAUCAGAGGCACGUACACCAGAUCAGUCAGCAUGUACAUGUUUGAGCUGCCAGCAUGAGGAGCCCUCACAGUCACAUCCAUCCUUGAGCCAGCGAGACAUGCACUGUCCAGUGUGUCUGCAGAUGGUCAGCUUCCCGGUCCAGACAAACUGUGGUCAUUUGUUCUGUGCUCCCUGUCUGAUUACUUACUGGAGACACGGCUCCUGGCUGGAUGCUGUCAGCUGUCCUCUCUGCAGGCAGAAGGUCAGCGUGUUGUGCCAUCUCUUCAGCGAGAGUCGAUCAGACGUACAAUCAAAAGAAGUUCUUGGAAAAAUUACAGACUACAACAGACGUUAUUCUGGAGAACCUCAAAGGGUCAUGGACUACCUGUGUGACACGCCCCUGCUCUUGCAGCAGUUACUGGCCCAUGGCCUGGGCACCAUCAGGGGUCUGGUGUGGCUGUUUUUCUUCAGAGUGGCACUGUGUUGCAUGGGAACCAUGGUGACCAUUUCCUCAUCACAAAAUCCCCAUGAAACAGAACCAUUACUCUGCAGACUGCUCGGGGUCCUGGACGAUAUGAUAGUGGUCACCCUGCUCCUUAUAUGCAUCAUCAACGUCAACCAGCAAAUGACACCAGAGACACACACUGCUCCAACCUCCCAAGGAUGAGGAGAUCAUUGCUGUGGGACUGUUGGCACAAGCCAUUAGACAUGGACUUUUAUUGGAUUCCUCCAUUCUGCUGGACUGAGAUGGAUUAGUAGAUACAAACAUAUUGAUAGCAGCAUGCAGCAGUGAAGAUGUUAGAACAAGUCUCAGCCUAACAGAUUAUCGACUCAGACUGCCGGUGUUUAAAGAACCCGUCUACAGUACGUUGUGUGGUGUAUUGACAGGCUUACUGGGAGGCUUGGUGUCAGACAUGCAGAGGAUUACUUUAAAAACAAAGUAUUUUCAACUUUUUCACCUCAGCAACGAUUAAUCUGCCACAAGCUGGCUGCAUCACAAACUACAAAGAACCAGUAUUGUAUCUUCACUGUACAAAUAUACGGUAAAUGGAUUGCAUUUGCAUAAUGCAAUCCAUAAUGUAUUCAAAAUACUCAAAGGGCUUUACGAUGAUGCCUCAUAUUCACAUACACAGCUAGUGAUGGCAUGCUGCUGUGCAAAGUGCAUAGGAGCAACCUGGGGACUGUAGGAUGUCUAAAAUUCACUUGGCUUGAGCAACACCACUGUAACCACCAGACCAUCACCUCCCGAUCUCUGUACAACCUGAUGUUCAACAGACUCUGUCAAAUAAAAGUGUAUUUAUUCUAUUUUAUAUAUGGAAUUUAAUUUAGUUGUGAAGCACCACGUGACCUUUAACAUUUUUUAAAAUCAUUUGCAACCUUCAGCACUUUGAUUGACAAGUAAAUAAUGUGUGGGACAAGCCGCCAGCCAGGCUUAGUUAGUUCUGAAAGGGAGAAUUCCUGACAUAAGUAUAAGAACUUCCAAGUCCAACACACAGUCUGCCUCCACUUUCCACAGUGGGUCAGUUAUGAUGUUCAGUAACGCCUUGUGUAUUCCAGACAUUCUGAAAAUGUCUCAAAGAGCAGCUCAAGCAACCAAAUUAAACACUGUGAAAGUCAGCAUGUUGCAGAGAAGGCCUGCUUGUAUUUACGUUUGUGCUCAGUGAGUACUGACCGACAGGAAAACAGCAACUUCAGCUCCGACACAUGAUCUGUACAGCUUUACCAGCACUUGGUUUUGUCACCACCAAUUUGGAUCUGCCUGUCGACUUGGCACAAGUUUUAAACGGGAUGCCCUUCUUGACACAACUUACUUGGAGAAUGAGCGUAGGCACUCUAGAAGAGGACACCUUGUUUUGGGAGUGAGUGGACUAACUGCUUGGCCACCACACUGCCCAUGAAACUGUCAACAUAAUUUACUGAAAUGACGACUGGGCGUCAGGGUUUUUUUUUGUACACAGUAAACGCAUAGCAAAGUGCUGAUUAUCCACUUUCCCAUGAUGCAGCGUUGCUACUGAUCAACAGGCAGUGCAUCCAUCAUGUUGUGAAACUUAUAAAUCCCAGCCAGCACAGGGAGCCGAGAAACACACAUUACUGAUUUUUCAGUAGGACGACUAAUUUAUUUUAAGUGAACGUAUAUUUAAACUCUGAUUAAAAUGAAGUUGGUACAAGAGUUUAAGGCAGCCUUGAUGAUGUCAGCAGACCUGAUCAGUAUACUAAUGU